AUGAUUAAACGAGGGUGGUUAAAACAGAUACGAUGUUUGAGUAAAAUUAGAGCAGCUGAGUCAUCAACACAAGCAAAUCAUAUUAUAUCCAAUAAACAACAAUUAUAUAUUGCUGAUGAAACUUCACCUGGUUCAAUAUUUUUCUUACCUCAUGGUACUAGAAUAUUUAACAAAUUGGUUCAAUUUAUGAAAAAUCAACAAAUUAAGUAUGGAUUUCAAGAAGUUAUUACUCCAUUAAUGUAUAAAUCUAAAUUAUGGCAUAAAUCCGGACAUUGGGAAAAUUAUAAAGAUGAUAUGUAUAAAGUAAUUGGAAAUGAUUUAACUAAAGAAGAUACAGAACAUGAAUAUGGUUUAAAACCAAUGAACUGCCCUGGUCAUUGUAUAAUUUAUUCCAAAUUUGAUAGAAGUUAUAAUGAGUUACCUAUUCGAUAUUCUGAUUUUUCAUCAUUACAUAGAAAUGAAGCAAGUGGUGCAUUAAGUGGAUUAACUAGAGUUCGAAGAUUUCAUCAAGAUGAUGGACAUAUAUUUUGUCGAAUGGAACAGAUAAAUAAAGAGAUACAAAAUACAAUAAAUUUAAUUAAAGAUACUUAUAAAGUGUUUGGAUUAAGCAAUGUUGAAUUUACACUUUCUACUCGACCUGAGAAAUUUAUCGGAGAAGUGGAAACUUGGAAUAAUGCAGAACUACAAUUGGAAAAUGUCCUAAAUGAGACAACAAAAGAUUGGGUUAAACGUGAAGGUGAAGGUGCUUUUUAUGGUCCUAAAAUAGAUAUACUACUAACAGACCAGUUUUCAAAAAAACAUCAAGUUGGGACAAUUCAAUUAGAUUUCCAGUUACCUAAAAGGUUUGAACUUAAAUAUACAAAUGAACAUGAUACUAAAAGUCAACCUAUAAUGAUCCAUCGUGCUGUUUUUGGUAGUCUUGAACGUUUUUUUGCAAUUUUAUUAGAUCAUUAUCAAGGUAAAUGGCCAUUUUGGUUAAAUCCAAGACAAGCAAUGAUAAUAUCAAUUAAUGAAGCACACAAAAACCAUGCAAUAGAAUUACAAAAACAAUUAUCCGGUGAGAUUAUAAAUAGUGAUCAAAUUGCACCUUUAACUGGUUAUAAUUUCAAUGUUGAUGUUGAUUCAAGAAAUGAAACAAUAGGAGCUAGAACUAAAGAAGCAAUUCAAAAAGGAUAUUCGUAUAUUAUACUUAUUGGUGAUAAAGAUAUAAAGAAUGGUACUCAUGCUAUUAGAACUCGAGAUGAUAGAAAGAUUCAAAACUUAACCACUGAGGAAAUUUACAGCUUAUUCAUCAGUUUAGAAAACUCAUAUAAAUAG